AUGUUUUCAUUCACCGCUAGUUGUAGCUCAUUAACAUCGGAAGAAUUAACCAGAAUCUUAACCCGUAACGUUUGGUAUUGUUUCUUUAAAGUGAAAAUUACAUUUUUAAUUUUUCUUCAGAUAACAUGUUACGCUGUACAAAUAGAAGCAGUGACAGUGAAUCCUCUGUGCCCGACAAAUAAAAUCGCACCUCACAGAAGAGUCGCGCGUUUUGGAUACAGUCAACCGAGAACUUUUGGCGAGUUUUAUAACUUAUUAAAGCCGAAUAAUUCGCCGAGCAGUCUUCAAGAAAAACCACAGGAAGACAAUUCCGAUGACUGUGGAGAUAUUGAGGAUUACGAUGAAAAUGAUCUUAGUUCAGUCAUGCCAUACUCAUUAAGAAGGAAAGGAUACAAAAACAAUCGUUUUUACGGAUCAAACCAUUUCUUUGAUCAGCUACUUGAUUUCAACCAGAAUACACAUAGACCUGCUUUGCCCCCACAAAGACCAACUCGUCCGCCUGUUGGAGGAUAUUUUGGAGGUAACGCAUAUCGCCCGCCAGCAGUACAAGAACCUACAGAUCAUCUUAAGCCUGUCCACGAAGGCGGUUAUGAGCCGCACAUGACGUAUCGUCCUGGUAUAGUUGGAGUUCCAAUCGGUCAUGUGAUAGGAUUACCUCAAGUUAAACCUACCCGACAUCAUUUAGAAACAACUACAAAUAAAAAACCGUAUAAUCCGAAUCACAACCAAGUUCAUACGAGUACGCAGUCAAAUGCGAUAACUUACAAGCCUCACAGACCUAGAAAUGUUGACGGAAUAUUAGGUUCAUUCAUUGAUUUGUUUCUUUGAAUAAAUAUUUUUUUAAGUUUUAAUUAAAGUUAUUUUUUCAUUAAA